GAAGAAAUCUCUGCUGAAGAAGAGUGCGCCUUAGUUGACGCUUUCGGGGGAGAGGGAGGCACGUCGUUCAGCAUAGGUUGUUCCAGCUGCAGUAGAGAAGGAACAUCAAAAACGUCGUCCCAAUCUCCAGGGUCUGUCUUACCUUCAUCAGGAGUUGCAACCCGAGGUGCAGUUGUUUUCUCCGACAGGCCGCUACAAAGAGCUACGCGAACACCGAAC